GCUUUUACCUGAGAGUUCAGCGGAUGACUCCGCCGCUCACUUGUGAGCCAUUGACGCACAAAUUCAGGGAGAGAGUUGUCUCCACGCAACUCUUUCUGUGGCCGGGAAGACCAGUCCCGGCCGCUUUUCUGUGCCUGGACGAAAGCUACUUAUCUUCGAGGUGACAAGUCUUAUCCGGCGAAAUUGGCCGGCUUCGUAGCAGUUCCUCGGAACCUAACUUACUCUCCAUGGCCGCCGCCACCGCCACCGCUCUUUCCCUUUCAUCCUCCUCCUCUUCUCCCAAUUUUCUCCAACUCCGAAGGUUUCCACGACCGGAAAAAGGUUCGAGACUACCGCGUGCUGCUUUAGUCGAGGCAAAGCCCUUACCGGCCUUACGAGGCGGCGCCUCCGGCGGAAGCAGCGUCAAUGGAGAAUACGCGGUACAGGUAGUGGAUGCGGCGGCAGCAGAGCUGUCCAUCCGAUCUCGGAUGGAUCGAGCCGGAGAUAUCCAGGCGGAGGCGAGGGCAAUGACCCGCGCCGUUAACACCUCCGUCUACAGUCCCGAGCUAGUUGCUGCCCGAUACGGCUCUCGCCCGAUUAAGGUGUUGCAGCGCACUGUCGAGAUAUUGACAGCUGUUGGAAGUUUCGCCUUCAAGUUGUUCCUUGACAAGAGGCUGGGAUUGCUUGACCAAAGGAAGCGGAUGAGGGCUGCGGAGCUGCGGAGGAUUUUCACGAGACUGGGUCCAACCUUUGUCAAGAUAGGGCAGGGCCUCUCUACACGGCCUGAUAUCUGCCCUCCUGAAUUCCUGGAAGAGCUCUCGGAGUUGCAGGAUGCCCUACCCACUUUUCCAGACGCUGAGGCAUUUGCAUGCAUUGAAAGAGAGUUGGGUUUACCUAUUGAUUCCAUCUAUUCAGCAUUAUCUCCAUCUCCAAUAGCUGCUGCUAGUUUAGGCCAAGUUUACAAAGCCCAACUGAGGCUGUCUGGAGAGCUUGUUGCCGUGAAGGUACAGCGACCUGGUAUUGAAGAAGCCAUUGGCCUGGAUUUUUACCUUUUAAGAGGUUUGGGCUUUCUCAUUAAUAAGUAUGUGAACUUCAUCUCAAGCGAUGUUGUGGCUCUAAUUGAUGAGUUUGCUCGAAGAGUAUACCAGGAGCUCAACUAUGUGCAGGAAGGAAAAAAUGCACGGAGAUUUAAAAAGCUAUAUGCCGACAAGGCAGAUGUAUUAGUACCGGAUAUCUUUUGGGAUUACACGAGUGCGAAGGUUUUGACAAUGGAAUGGGUGGAUGGUGUUAAACUGAACCAACAGGAAGCCAUUGAGAAACAGGGUUUGAAGCUAUUGGAGUUGGUGAAUAUAGGUAUUCAAUGUAGCCUAAGGCAACUGCUUGAAUAUGGCUACUUCCAUGCGGAUCCCCAUCCCGGCAAUCUUCUAGCAACUCCUGAGGGAAAACUUGCUUUCCUUGAUUUUGGGAUGAUGAGUGAAACACCAGAACAAGCAAGAUUUGCUAUCAUUGGUCAUGUUGUUCAUUUGGUUAAUCGAGACUAUGAAGCCAUGGCUCGAGAUUACUAUGAUUUGGAUUUUCUAUCUCCUGAUGUCGAUGUUUCUCCCAUUGUGCCAGCUCUUCGUAACUUUUUUGAUGAUGUUCUUAAUGCUACCGUUAGUGAACUCAACUUCAAAACCAUCGUGGAUGGUUUGGGUACUGUUUUGUAUGAUUAUCCGUUUAAUGUUCCAGCAUACUAUGCAUUGAUACUUAGAUCACUUACGGUGCUUGAAGGUCUUGCUCUUUACGCUGAUCCUAAUUUUAAGGUCCUUGCUGCUUCGUAUCCGUAUUUUGCUAAACGGCUUCUCACCGAUCCAAAUCCUUAUCUUAGAGAUGCCCUAAUUGAGUUGUUGUUCAAAGAUGGAAGAUUCAGGUGGAAUAGGCUUGAAAAUCUUCUUGUUCAAGGGCGCAAAGAUAAGGAUUUCACUGCUAAAGAUGCUUUGCAGCCAGUCCUAAAGCUUCUAUUAGAUCCUGAAGGGGAAGAAUUAAGAGUUUUGGUUGUCAAAGAGUCGGUUUAUGUUACAGAAGCUGUUGUGUUUGGGUCGAUGAUAGAUGCAUUCAAUUCAAUUCCACAGCCUAUGAGGAGUCUAAUUUCCAAUGGCAAUGAAAGUGGGCCUCUGAAUCUAAACAAUGGUGAACGUGAAAGAAUCCUUGAACUUCGAGAUAGGGUUUUCAGAAUAUGGAGCCUCUUGAGAUCCUCAGAUAAUUUUGAUCCAACCCUUUUUGAACCAAUUCUACAGGUAUUUGCUAUACUAUACGGUUCUUCUAUAUUAUCCUCAAAUGCCUUCAAGUAUUUCUACCAGUGUAUAUUCUCAACUUGCUUGAACUUAUGUUUUCUCGGAUAUUUUGAAAUUGUUCUUACUAUUUAACUAA